UGGUUGGCAGCAGUAAUGACAGGUGAUGACAGGUUUCAGGUAACAAUGUUGUGUUUGCAAAUAAAGUAAAAUGGAUCCCGCCUUACUCAAAGAACGAGAAUUAUUUAAAAAACGUGCACUUACAACACCUACGGUAGAACGAAAAAAGACUGAAUCACGACCAGAACCAGCACGAGAUGAUAGUAAUAGUAGUAAGAGGUUCAAAUCUUCCAGUAGUAGUGCCCCAAAAUUGGAUAUCAACACAUAUAAGACAGCCACGGGAAGUUCUCAGUAUCGCUUUGGGGUCCUGGCCAAAAUUGUAAAACAUAUGCGAAAGAGGCAUCAAGAAGGAGAAACAUAUCCACUAACACUAGAGGAAAUUUUAGAUGAAACAAAUCAACUAGAUGUAGGAAACAAAGUUAAGCAAUGGCUGCAAACAGAAUCAUUAAUUGAUAACCCAAAAAUCGAAGUCUCUCCAGACGGGAAAUUCUUAUUCAAAGCCCCUUUUAAACUGAAAGAUCGAAAAAGUUUACUAAAAUUGUUGAAACAACAGGACUUGAAAGGUUUAGGUGGUGUGCUGUUGGAUGACGUCAUAGAAUCGUUACCACAUGCAGAGAAAGCGUUAAAGGUGCUGCAAAAUCAAAAUGAAAUAAUUUUUAUAAUUAGACCUAUAGAUAAGAAAAAAGUAUUAUUUUACAAUGACAGAACUGCCACGUUACCUAUAGAUGAAGAAUUUCAGAAGUUGUGGCGUUCCGUUGCCGUGGACGCCAUGGAUGACGCUAAAAUCGACGAAUAUCUAGAGAAGCAAGGAAUCCGGUCGAUGCAAGACCACGGCCCCAAGAAGCCAAUCGCUCCAAAGAGGAACAAAAACACUAACCGCAAGAAAACAUUCAAGAAACCAAGAGAUAACGAGCAUUUAGCAGACGUCCUUGAAACUUACUCAGACAACACUCUCACCCAAAAGAAUACUGUAUAAUUUAAAAAAUGUAUAAAUAAAUUUGUAUGUUACAUA